CCUACAUCUCACCUCACCUCACCUUACCAUGCUCCUCCGAUAAGACCAUCCGCAAAACAUCCGCCGUGAUGGCCUCUCCACCUCCGUCAUCGGCUACAUCUCCCCCAGCCGCCUCGCCUCUGGCCCUCCCCCGUCAACGACCAACGCUCUCCCUCCAGAGUCAAAGCAGUCACACCCGCCGCCCCUCACCCCUCACCGCCUCCGCCCACAACUCCGCCCAUCCCCUCCGUCAAACCUCCUUUCCCCCACCAGAUAGCCUCGAAGCCCAACACGCCGCCGCAGAAGAUGCAGUCCUGCGCUACUCCCCCACGCAGACCUCGCAAGGCAGUCCCGGCGCGGACAUGGACGACGACGAGGAGUUCAGCGACAGCGAAAUCAUGUCCGCCAUUUCCGGCGUAGGGGACAGCGGGGCCUCGCGCAAACGCAAGCGAGGCGAGAAACGAGCGCGCGGUCGACCUUCGAAAGCCCACACGCACGCUCGCGCCAGCAGCGUCAGCCUCGUGAAUGGCGAACGCGAACGCAGCUCCCGCGGCGGAACAGCAGGCGCGGCAUCGCUCGCAGGCGACGAAGACGAGGAGGACGAAGACGAUGAUCUAGCGCCCGGCGCUGGCGGAGGCAGAGCACCGCUUUAUGCGGGCGGUGAACUGACCGAAGCCGAAGUGCAAGCCGCGGACAUCGCGCGCGCCAGUUUCCGCACGUACAUGGAGAGGCUUGACCGGACGCCGCUGACCGCCACGCGGCCUUCGCGCGCCGGCCUGACGGUCAACGACAUGGCGGAUCGCUUCGACGUGCAGUACCGCGCGAAAUUGCACAAGAAUGAUUUGCGCAAACUGGUCAAUCAGACGCUGAGUCAGAGUGUGCCAGGGAAUGUCGUGCUGGUCGUCGGGGCGUACACGAAGAUGUUCGCCAUGGAUCUGAUCGAGGAGGCGAGGAAGGUGCAGAGGGAGUGGGCGGGCGUGGAAUCAAAGAGGGCAGAUGGAGGGGAGAAUGCCGCUUUUGACAGACUGAACCACGCGCUGCAAGAACAGCGAGCCGAAGAGGAGAACGAACCGCCGACCACUCAAGAUUCUCGCGUAACCGAAAAGGACGAGAAAGCCAACAAGUCUUCCUCCAGUCCUGCGCAGACGAACGUCAAAGAAACGAAAGAAGCGAAACCUCCCCAGAGCAUAGCAGAGGCUCUCAGCCUAGGUGGUGCGGGCGGACUGCAGUCCUCAUUUCUGGAGUGCGACCGUGGCCCCCUUCUUCCAGACCAUCUCCGCGAAGCCCUACGGCGCUACAAGAAGUCCCGUGCAGGCGGUACGGUGGGGUUUACGGGACUCAGUCUUGAAGGCAGGGAGGUCGCGGCUCCGCGUAUGGGCGGGAGGAGGCUGUUUCGUUGAGUCAAGCUUCGGAGACAGCAUUCUAUUUUAGCGAUGGAGUUCAGGUAGGCAUUGAGCGUCGCUCGAUAGCCCAAGUAUGAGAAUAGGUUCAUAGAAAGAGACAAGUCAGGAUCUGUGGGAG